AUGGACAAAAAUCGGAACAAACCAAUACAAGAUGAACAUACCAACAUCUCCAAGCCGCAGAUUUUCGUGCAGCUCGCCUUCGGCGUCUCGUGGUCUCAGCGGCACACCCCGCAGACGCACACCGUGACUUAUAUGUCCCGUAAUUUGAAGAACGCCAGGGACUCGGGGAACUUUCCUCGCCAAGUACCACCGCCGACUACCAAUUACCUAGCCGCCCCGGAGUCACGCCAGAACCGUAGUCGGGAACAUUCAGGUCGAUAUAAUCAGGAGCGACAACAGCAUCGUCACCAUCACCAUCACCACGGACAGCAAUCUCGCGCCGUAGCUCAGUCCCGAGAGCAUGGCCGUCCCCGAGGUCAGACCAAUGAUCAACCUAGUGAACACCUGCGGGCUCGGCCAAGAUCCGGAUCGAGAAACGAAGGUAGAGGAUUGUUGCAUGAGCGAGGAAGGUCGGCUCCCCCGCCUUUUAACGAUAGCCCGUGGGAUGUCCACCAUGUGUCUUCGGCAACAUUAUUUCCGCCUUUCGCACAGACAAGCAGGGAGCAACCAGAGGGGCGAAAAGCGCUACCGGCGCCACCGAGUCAGUACCGGCUAGGCGAAGAUGGGCUACCGUGGUCGGCGUGGGCGUGGCCGGCGGAUGACGAUAGCGACAGCAACAGAUCACCUUACGCAAAUAACCCGACGACAGUUCCCCUGUCCAUGGAACGAUCUCGCAGCGAAGACCUUGAAAGGGCUCGGGAGCUCGAGUCGUUGUCUGCAGCCAUGGUAACAGUGGACAACGGUUUCGAAAACCAGUGGUGGUACCAAGGCCAGCGAGAGCCUGUAGAACCAUGGUGGCCGCAAGAAGCCGGAGGCGAAGCAGAUGAGGCGGGGACAUUGACGACGGCCGAGGCGUUGCUGCUAUCAGAUUCAGAGCCGCCACUAGCUUUAAGUUCUAACGAAGAUCACCUGGCGAGUUUGCACGAUCUUGUAUCGCCCAUGUCGGAUACAUCAAGCCCGGCUCAAAGCUUUGCGCGUCCCCUUUACAGAUCGUUGACGACGAGGUCGGAGGAGCUAUGGCUGGGAAGCUAA